AUGUGCAAUUCUACUAUUGCAGUCUUCGAUUCUGUUACUCAACAAACGAUUAUUUACUUUGGUUUCUCCCUUUUUAUUCUUGGUCUCAUUGGCAAUCUGUUGACUCUCCUUGUAUUCCUCAGUCUCGAAACAUUCAGACAAAACUCCUGUGCAUUCUACCUCACAAUCAUGUCUUUUAUCAACACGUUUCACUUAUUCACUGGUUUGUUAACUUUCAUCAUGAUCAAUGGUUUUAAAAUCAACUGGACCGAUGCAUCAGUGGCCUAUUGCAAAUUUCGUGCAUUCUAUAUUCAGACAUGUGCAAUGAUAUCUUUGUCAUGCAUGUGCUUGGCGACAGUCGAUCAGUUCUUGGCAACGCAGUCUAAUCGUCGCUGGCAUCGAUUCAAUAGCAUCAAAGUAGCUAGGUCGGUUGUUACAGGUAUAGCUAUAUGUGUAACUGCAUAUUGUAUUCCUUUCCUCGUAUAUCGUGGUCAUACGACAUCAAGCAGCACAGGUCAAGCGAUUUGUGACAUUACAAAUAAUGUCUUUGCAAGUUAUCGUAUUUUUCAUAACUCUUUCCUCGCGGGUAUUAUUCCAUUGCUCAUUAUGAGUAUAUUUGGUCUGUUAGCAUAUCGAAACGUUCAGCAAAUAGCCUAUCGGACAAUACCAUUAGUCCGACGUGAAUUAGACAAACAGUUAACAUCAAUGGUCCUUAUUCAAAUUUUCUACAACGUUCUUGCUAUCACACCGUCAUUAACCGUAGGCCUUUAUUAUUUGAUCUUAGACAAAACGCUCGAUGCAUGCAGUAAAACAAUAUUAAACAUUCUCUUAAAUCUGUUAGCCGUUAUCUAUUAUUUUUACUAUGUGGUGAGGUUCAUUCUAUAUCUACGUAUGUGUAUCGAAAAGAUUCCGUCAUCAACUGAUCUACGUAUUAUUUACAGUGCAUGCGAAUCGUUUUCGCCAACACAACAAUCGAAUCAAACCCGUAGCACAGUGACUCCACCUCCUCUCAACGCUCCGUGUACCCAUGUAACUCUGAGUCAGUAUAAACGCAAAUGA